CUUUGUGGAAAUGUGCUGCCACUGUGGAGUCCCUGUUUGACCGCCUGUGCCCCGGACAUGGAGGAGCCGGAUAUACGACAACAGAAGCUGGACAACCAGAGAACCCUUCUGAUCAAAAAGCAGCAAAAGAAGAGGGCCGAUUCUCAAAUGGUGACGACCAACUGGGACACUCGCCAAAAGAACCGAAAGCACAAAGCCGCCCAAUCUGAUGAAACACCUCUGUUGAUCAGCCAAUCCCUGAGCAACGCUUCCCUGAGUGAUCAAGUCGAGCAUGCCCAUGAUAACCCAAUGGAUGUGAUCAUGUUGGGUGAAUGUGAGACGUUAGAGGAAACGCCUUCGGAGAUGCCGGCUACUCCCCAAAAAAUGACCUUGGAAACUGACAAAGAGUCUGAGGUGAAGUGUGAGGUGGAGAACGAUGCCCAGGUGGAGGGGAAAAAGACAAAGAAGAAAGAUGUGAAAAAGGAAAAAGCGAAACAAAAGACAGAGGUGGAAGAGAAUGAGAAUGAGAAAGAAAAGGACAAAGACAAGGAGAAAAAGGAGAAAAAAGCAAAGACGAAGGACAAAGUGAAAGAAUCUGAAGACUCACAGAAGACAAACAAGACAAGCAAAGAACCCAAAAAGACGCAUUUACAGGAGACCUCGACUCAGGAGACAGAGUCUGUGGUGGGGGAGGCAACGCCAAAGAAGAAGAAAUGUGAUGAAAGUGACAAUGAAGAGGACGACAGGUCCCACAGGCCGGACCCUCAGUCGUCCAAGAGGAAAAAACAACUCGACACGUCCAGGUGCCAAAUAAGUGACGAGAGGAAAGACGAGGAAAUCCAGGAAAAGGAGAAAAAGGAGAAAAAGGAGAAAAGGGAGAAAAAGGAGAAAAAGACAAAGGAAUCUGAGAAAACUACGCCGAGUCUGGCGUCGCUUAACUCCAACUACAGGGGGAGUUCAUCUUCAGGCAGCGAAUCGAAUGAAAGAUCAACCUCUCCAAUGUCAGUGGAGGAUCUGGAGAAGUUUGCUUUGCGUCCUGCUCCCAGAGACGUAACCAUCCAGUGCAGGGUCACCAGGGACAGGAGAGGUGUGGAGAAGGGCAUCUACCCGACAUACUACCUCCACAUGGAGAAGGAGGAUGGGAAGAGGGUGUUUCUAAUGGCGGGAAGAAAAAGGAAGAAGUGUAAAACAUCCAACUACCUCAUUUCCACGGAUCCAACAAAUCUGUCCAGAGACACAAACUGCUACAUUGGAAAACUACGGUCCAAUAUCCUGGGUACAAAGUUCACAGUCUAUGAUGGUGGAGAAAACCCAGAGAAAAAGCCUUUCAUUAAAGAGAGUGAAUCAGUGCGGCAAGAGCUGGCAGCAAUUUGCUAUGAGACAAAUGUUUUGGGUUUCAAGGGUCCAAGGAAAAUGACUGUGAUCAUCCCCGGCAUGCUGGGAAAUGAUGAGCGAGUGUCCAUCUGCCCAAAGAAUGAGCUCGAAACUCUUCUGGGCUGCCACGCAAACGGCAACACGGACAAACUGGUCACGCUGGUGAACAAAUCCCCGAGCUGGAAGGAAGAGACUCAGUCCUACGUGCUCAACUUCCAUGGACGUGUCACCCAGGCCUCAGUGAAAAACUUCCAGAUCAUCCACCCUGACAACGACGAUUACAUAGUGAUGCAGUUUGGCCGUGUGGCGGAGGACGUCUUCUCCAUGGACUACAGUUUCCCCAUGUGUGCCCUGCAGGCCUUUGCCAUCACCCUGUCGUCGUUCGAUGGCAAACUGGCCUGUGAGUGACCCGCGCUGGUGUGUGCCUCAAGUGCUCAACUAGAUUCUCCAUCUACUUAGAGUUCGAAACUAAAACUUUACCCAUCCUUUUCCACAGGAUCACUUUUCACAUGUCCACCUUGUGUACAAUAAAUAUAGACUUGGAUUUCUGAGGAGACCAGGAUUAUCUUACCACUCAUUUUAUAUUGAAGUGGAAGCAUAUAAAGUUAGUUAGUACAAGUGAAUUUAAUGGUAUUUUUUAUAUUUGCGUUAAGGAGUCGUGCAAUAA